AUGCAACAUAUACUAUCACUAAGCGUGGCAAGUGUGCCGUGGCGAUGCGUCGCCACACCAAGCGAGCGCGCGGCGGCUGACCGGCUGGAAAACGUGACGCAUACCGUGUCACGAAUACUUGACGGAUACGACAUACGACUGCGACCUAAUUUCGGUGGAGACCCACUAUACGUCGGUAUGGAUCUUACAAUUGCUAGUUUUGAUGCAAUAUCUGAAGUGAACAUGGAUUACACAAUAACACUUUAUCUCAACCAGUACUGGAAGGAUGAAAGACUGGCCUUCGGCUUACCGGACGAGGUCUUGACACUGUCCGGGGAUUUCGCCGAUAAGAUUUGGGUCCCUGAUACUUUUUUCGCUAAUGAUAAGAAUAGCUUCCUUCACGACGUGACGGAACGCAACAAGCUCGUACGCCUCGGUGGCGACGGCAGCAUCACAUACGGCAUGCGCUUCACUGCCACUCUGGCCUGCAUGAUGGACCUUCACUACUACCCGCUGGACAGCCAAAACUGCACCGUCGAGAUUGAAAGCUAUGGGUACACAGUAUCAGACGUAGUGAUGUACUGGAAGGAGACACCAGUUCGGGGCGUUGAAGAUGCUGAAUUGCCCCAGUUUACUAUACUUGGCCAUGAAACCAAUGAUAGAAAGGAGAAGUUGGCGACUGGCAUCUACCAACGCUUGUCACUGAGUUUCAAACUACGCAGGAACAUUGGCUACUUCGUAUUCCAAACCUAUCUGCCAAGUAUACUCAUAGUAAUGCUGUCCUGGGUCUCUUUCUGGAUUAACCACGAAGCAACAUCAGCUAGAGUCGCUUUGGGCAUCACAACGGUUCUCACGAUGACCACAAUUAGUACGGGCGUCCGCAGCAGUCUCCCAAGAAUCUCAUACGUGAAGGCAAUCGACAUCUACCUAGUGAUGUGCUUCGUGUUCGUAUUUGCUGCCUUAUUGGAAUACGCUGCAGUUAAUUACACGUACUGGGGUGCGAGAGCACGAAAACGGGCCAAGUUAAAGAACCGAGACCAGAUAUCGACCAGUGCAAGUGUUGAGAAAGAAUUAAAGUGCUCUGGAGGUUCUCGAUCCCCUGAGGAGAUAAUAGCACUACGAGAGUGUACAACGACUACAGGACGGGUUUCGCCACUCCUUGGACUCCGGUCGAAGCCUCUGCAGCCCGCUGCAGGUGCCCCACCGUCCCUUCGGCUUCAACGAGAUCAUACCCAUCUCCGGUAUAGAACAAGACCACAUUCUAGAAACUCCAGGAAUGGGUCAACGGGGAAGCCGAAAAUGAUGCACGCUCUUCGACGCGGAGCAACAGUGAUAAAGGCAUCGAUGCCAAAAAUACGGGACGUCAAUGUCAUAGACACGUACUCCCGAGUAGUGUUCCCCGUCUGCUUCAUGCUCUUCAACGCCGUCUAUUGGGUCUUCUACAUAUUUGAUUAA